AUGCAUCUGGGCAAAGCUCUGCUGUUCGUCGUCCUCCUCAACUGCGCAACUCUGAGCUCGCCCCUGUCCACUUGUGCCACCGUGGACAUCGACCAUGUGAAGAGGAAGAGAGUCGAGGCGAUCCGGGGUCAGAUCCUGAGCAAACUUCGGCUGUCGAGCCCCCCGCACUCCAUGGGACCGAGCAAGGUACCCUAUCAGAUCCAGGCGUUAUAUAACAGCACGAAGGAGCUUCUGGAGCAGCUGGGCAGGGAUCGGAAGCAGAGCUGCGGCCAGGACAACACAGAGACGGAGUACAUCGCCAAAGAGAUAUACAAAAUCAACAUGGUGCACGGAACGCCGGACAACAAUAAUCUCCCCUGCCCUAAAAGCCUGACUUCUAAAGUUUUCCGCUUCAGUGUCUCUGAAAUGGAAAGGAACUCAACCAACCUGUUCAGAGCAGAGUUUCGAGCCCUGAGGGUACCAAACCCCAAAGCCGUGAGGAGUGAACAGCGGAUUGAGCUCUACCAGAUUAUGAAACCAAACGAGCACAUUAGGAAGCAGCGUUUCAUUGCCGCUAAAAACGUGCAGACCAGAGGCUCUCCUGAGUGGGUCACCUUCGACGUGACAGAAACCGUACGAGAGUGGCUGAUAAACAAAGGAUCUAAUCUAGGUUUGGAAAUCAACGUGCAUUGUCCCUGCCACACCUUCAGUUCAAACGGUGACAUCAUCGACAACGAAAAGGAAGUUCUGGAGGUGAAGUUUAGAGGUGUCGACGGAGAUGAGGAGCAGAGUCGCUUGGACCUGGACAACCUGAAAAAACAUAAGCAGCAACACCCUCCUCACCUCAUCCUCAUGAUGAUCCCACCCCACCGCAUGGACACCCACUCCUCUCGCCGACGCAAGAGAGCGCUGGACACAAACUACUGCUUCUCGAACACGGAGGAGAGCUGCUGCGUUCGCCGGCUCCACAUAGAUUUCCGCCGCGAUCUGGACUGGAAGUGGAUCCACGAGCCCAGCGGCUACGACGCCAACUACUGCUCCGGGCCCUGCCCUUACCUGAGGAGCUCCGACACAACACACAGCUCGCUGCUGAGCCUGUACAACACUCUGAAUCCAGAGGCCUCCGCCGCCCCCUGCUGCGUUCCUCAGGACCUGGAGCCCCUCACUAUACUCUACUACUCUGGACGGACCCCUAAGGUGGAGCAGCUCUCCAACAUGAUCGUCAAGUCUUGCAAAUGUAGCUGAGAGGACACAAAAAAGACUGAUUGAGGGGAAAGGAUUUCACUAGGUACAGAAGAAGAAAACCUCGUAGACUCUGAGCUGUGAUGAAUACUUUAAACUGACCCCGUGGCUUUUCUCUGUUCUGAACUAAAACUGUUUUUGUUCUUCUUCUUCUUCUUCUUGCUCCGUGUUAAUUUUGCUGUUACAGAGACAUUUCCGAGAGGGGAGUUAUUUUUAAAACCUGACCCCAAUUUAACCCCCGGCUGAAUCAAAUUUAUUUUACGGUCUACUUUCAACUUCAAAAGUCAGAUAGUCCGCAGAGUUACAAUCUCUACAUUGUCAGCAGUGCAGCUUUUUUUUUUUUUUUAUUUCUGUCCUAAAUUUAAAAUCUGCUCCCCUGAAUGGUCGGAUUUCUUUCUGGCUGGGGAUUUUGUUUAAACUUUCCUUAAGUUCCCUUCUCUGUAGACAGUGGGCAUUAUCUUCAAACACAAAAGGAGAAAGGACAGACUCACUGCUGUAUCCAAAGCCAUAGCUGUGGUCUGGGGAAAGGAGAGUUGAGUGAGAAUGCCUGUUGGAUUUGCAAUGGAAAGGCAAUGAACAAAGAAAUUGAGCCAAGGUUUUCUCUUUUGGCCAGCCAGCAGCGGUGGCCCUUUUAUUUUCUGUGCAUCUAUUAGAGCGGAUGGACAGGAAAGAAGAAAAGGGGACCUGAAUUGCAGGGAAGGAUUGUGUUGGAAACUGGCCACGGGUGCGCUGCCAUUCACUGGAUGUUUUCAUUCCUAACAGGUUCAAAUUAUUAUUUUAUUUUUUCUCCUCGAACAUCAAAGAAUUUACUGGAAGGGAGCAAGUGUUAUGCAACGAGCUUUUUAUGAGAUUUCUUUUACAUUAAUAGCAGAUUUUGUCUGUUACGUAACUUGUCAUAUAGUGAUUGUUUCACUAACAGAAGGGAAUUGACGCGUAUCGUCAUUAUCCACAAUGAAAGCCAUUUUAUACUGUACUAUACCUAGGAUACUGUUACAUUGUAAUUUAGAAAUAAUGUCCAGCUUUUGUAUCUGUAUGUAUUAGACUAGCUUAACCUGUUGUCUGUGCCCCAGUGUGUGUCUGGCUGAUGUUGUUUAAAGGUGGGAGUUCACAGAGAGUUAAAUCCUGGCACUUUUGUUUUGCGGCAAUGCAAGAAAGUGUAAGUAUGCAGCUCAGAAAGUGCAAGGUGUAGAAAUAAAAACAGAGGCCACAAAAAUUUUGUCCUCAGUUUAACUUUUUCUCCGGGAUGGUUGACAAUGUUCAUGUGAGGCAGAUGUCGCGUUCAGCUUUCAAAACAGGGAAUCGGAAACAAAAUCAAACGACAGAAGCCAAACCAGGGUUUAAAAUAUUUUUACAAACUAUAACAUCCAACUACAAUAAUCAAUAAAGAUAAUUCAGAAGUGUGAACACAUGUCUAGAGAUGCACCAAUUUAUGAUCUCUAAACUAGGACUGACAGACUUUAAAAUAUCUCUGAGAGAAUUGAACAUUUUUCUGUCCCUACAAUGAAAUGUUUAAAGUAAAAUAAGUAUCUCCCUGUAUAAACUCUACUAAUACUGUUUCCUUUUGUAAAGGAGGUAUCGAAAACAUGAAACAAAACAAUGAUGCAUCAUCCUUCAAGCUGAAAUGAUUGCCUCUAAAAUCUUUUUGCCCACUUGAAAACCUAAAUGUGCAGUAAAUUCUGAGAAUUGUAUUUAUUUUAAAUUUCCUUUGUAGUGGGUGAAAAAAAAAUAUUGCGUCAAUCUUAAUGAUUGAGAAGAAAAAUCAUUUUAUUGUAGUCAUUUAUCAGUUUAUUGUAGCUCCACAGAAGAGUUUGUUUUGCGAUCAUUAAUUAUUCACACCAGGAACAGAGAUGACACACUGUGUGUGACAGAGAGCAGCCACUGUUCCACAGCUCACCUGUUAAGCAGUGUUAUUUUAAAUCAAACAUACAAUCGAGAAAUUUUAUUUUGUUUUAUUUUUUUAGCAUCUUAUGUUAGUAAUUACCACAGUUAGCACUGGUAGGUGUAUUUAUUGUAAGUAUUUCCUAUAGGGAUGGUAGAACGUUGACCUUAACUCUGAGAUCCUCAAAAAAUUGCAGCCAACAAUAGACGUGUGUAGAAAAAAAAAAAAAAAUUUAGGAGUAUCCAGACGCUUUGUGCUACAUCUGAUGUCCAAACUCCAGUUUAUUUGUAAAGCACAUUUAAAAA